UGCUUCCUCUGUCCAUGCUGGUGCUUGCCGGCCACAGCACUGAUGUCGAGUGGCGUUUCUGCCCAUAGCACAUCAUAAGUCUAACUUCGGUCUGUCAAUGUCACGUCACAAGUCUUUCCUUUUCUCUAUCCAUGCCGAAACUGUGCAAUUCAUGCUCAAUGCAGCGUGUCUCUUUGUAGCAUUUCUGAAGUUGGCUCCUGUCCCUUCCUGUUACAAUGUCUACAUUUCCAUCUUCAGGUGUUCGCCGUGUCAACAGCUCCCUAGGCAGUUCCUCCAGACCUACUCCUGCCGGAAUUCUCACCCACAAGGAUCAGAAGGGCAAAAUUCUGGGGAGUGGGUUCAAGAUCGUCAUCCUACCUGAUUCGUCUGUGGUCAUACUAGCCUUUUGCAGGAAAGAAGAUAUAUCCUAACCAUGAGAUUGUGAUUGGUCGAGACAAGGGCCGCUGGUAAGAACCAAGAGCUACGUAUCGAAGGGUCACUCACCAGUCAGUCAAUAUGUGCUGAACGAUCCCUACAUUUCGAAACGCCAUCUGAGAAUCUACACCGUGGUCUACGAAAAUGACGAGCCCUGCGAGAUUGCUACCUUGGUCUACGCUGAAGACCUGUCCCAGAAUGGCACAUAUUGGAACGGAUCCCUCAUAGGAAAAGGCAACGGUGGCUUUCUUCUGAGUGACAAAGAUGUUUUGCGACUGAGCCGCCAAACAUACCUCAUCUUCACAGUCAAUUCCGAUGGGACUAAACAUGAGGUAUUUGACUUUACACAGGAGACUGAGAUGGGAAUAUUUGGUAAAGACUACGUUCUCACCGACAGGCUUCUGGGUGCGGGCACCUUUGGUCGAGUAUACAUGGCAAUCGAACAAAUGGCUCGACGGCAAGUUGCAUGCAAGGUUGUCGACCUGCGAAAACUCGGCCCUCGACCUUCAACCCAGUUUGGACGGCCAGAGCAACCCGCUACGGCCGAAGAGGUCGAUAGCGUAGCCCAGAGACGUAAAGUCAAGGCAUGGGCCAACCAACAGAAACGAGGCAACGCGUUGAAGAGGAAGAUAUGCGCAUAUUAUCGCGAGGUGGAGAUCCUUGCCUCCAUUAGUCAUCCGAACAUCGUUAGCAUCGAGAAAGUGUACAUCACGGACAAUACAAUAUACAUUAUGCAAGAUCUCGUUACCGGCGGCGACCUAUUUUCCUACAUCGAGCUGAAGAAUGGGAAACUGCUCGAAGUCGAGGCCGCCGUCAUUGUUCGACAGAUUGUGGUGGCCUUGGGUUUUCUUCACGGCAAGAACAUCGUUCAUCGAGACAUCAAACCCGACAACGUUCUCAUGACGAGUCUAGCUGCGGGUUGUCGCGUGGUGUUGACAGAUUUUGGUGCAGCUCGGAGAAUCGAGAGCAAGCUGCACCGGAUGUCGUCCGUUAUAGGAACCCGCGAAUAUGCAGCACCCGAGAUUUUGGGAAAUGCGAGAAGCAGCCUGGAGCUUGAGAGACCGGGGUAUACUCGAGCCGUGGAUAUGUGGGCGGUGGGCUGUGUCUCCGUUGUGUUGCUCACAGGAGGCCUGGCUUUCUGCGACCCUAUCACAAACACCUACUCUGAAAAGCUGGCCCGAGAUUGCAACUUACAAUUUCUCCGCCGAUCAAAAGAAUGGCAGGCGGUCAGACAACGGCCAAAGGAGUUUGUUGAGCAGCUCUUGGUACUCGAUGAGGCCGCCCGAAUGACAGCAGAAGAAGCUCUCGUCCAUUCUUGGUUUUCCAACGAAGCGCACAAGAACGAUUUCGAGGACUUGUAUCAAAGAACAAUCCGGCACUGGCAUCCGCGAACUCCAAAGUCCCAAGUGGUUGAAUUUCGAGACAGCGGGGCUAUCAGGAACUUGCUGUGCUCACUAGGUCUGCGAGACAAUGCGAGGCGCAGUAAUUCCAGACCGCCUUCUCCGAUAGAGCCGCCUUACAAGCCUUUUCCGAGAAAUAUGCAUCUUGAGAUAUGGCCAAGAAGAGAUCCAGACAAACGACUAUCUGAGGAGGUAUUAUCUGCAAUAGAGAGAUGGUCACCAAGGUCCGCGGAGUCACUACGCAUGCGAGCGGGAUCUUCAUCUCCGAGAGCUAGGUCUGUAACGUCCCAGCCCACGGAUAGAGGGGGGAUGAGUGCCUCCAAGGUUCCUAGAGCUGCUUCAGAGCCUCCUCAAAACAGACUCUCAUCUCGGUCACAGCAGAUGCUGGCUGAGGUUUACUCGGGAAGCUCCCGGGGGACCGCCGUCACUGAAUACAAGGUGUAUCCAACAACUCGCUUCGAAAUUGGUGGAUUGUCGUCGAGGACCCCCUCUCCGAAGAAUCGCAGAGCCCUUGCGGGUGGACGCUCGAGGUUUCCCUUCUCUGCAACAUCGAGUUCACCCUCACAUACGCACAGCGACAACAUCUCUGGCCCUCAAUUUAAAUCAGUAACUGGGUUUGGCGCAGCAGGCGCAAACAACGCGCUCCCUGAGUCUCCUAGCACGAAAAUCCUUCGCAACAUCGUGAAUCACAAUCAGAAUUCGAGAAUUGCUGACAGUGACGACGAGUCAAACUCGCCCUCGCAGAUUACAACGCCACACAGACACGGCAAACUCAAGCGACGAGUGUCUACACCGCUGGCUACUCCAAAGGCUGCGAAGAAGAAGAAGAGGCGUGGUCGCGGAUCGAUCUUCGAGCUGGCCGAAGACAGCGACACCGAGGAUCUGGCCAGCCCGAGGGGGCGGAGUGAUGGGAGGUCGAUCUUCGACCUAGCUGAUGAGGACGACCCCGAGAACGAGGUGGUUAGCAGUCGAGCCGAUCGAGGUAGUCCUCGCGCGCAGAGAGCUCCGCUCGUUCACCGCCCGAAGAAGGUGGCCUCGGCGCCAGGUACGAACAAGCCUCCUCCUGCCGCGGCAAACCUCUAUCUUCCGCGCUGAGAGGGAAGGACAGCACACAGUACGGACGUCAGAGCGGCACGAAAGGGGAGAGAUGAGGAAGGGAGUGUUUGUCGUUAGCUUGGUGACAUGCGGAGAAUCCGGUAAACCGGGAGAAAAUGGACACGGUACGGAGUUUGUAUGGUUUAGUCGAUGUCAAUAUCCUUGUAUUCGAUAAUUAGCGCUGUGGGCUUGUCGGCUUCAACUUGAGUGGUAAGUAAAGGGCAGCGAUAGACCAUGUUCAGAAUGCAAAGCUGUAUCCAAGCCCAU